AUGUGCAUGAGCGCAGUUUGCCCAACGUGCUCCAAGACGACGUGGAGAGGAUGUGGUAGCCACAUUGCCUCGGUCUUCGCGAACAUCCCCGAGGACCAGUGGUGCACCUGCGAGCCCAAGGUCGAGAAAGAGGGCAAGCAAUACCCGCCUCAGGCCCCGUCAGUAUUCGGCGGCAUGUCAUGGUUCAACAGGCAGUAG